AUGUUAGAUAUUGGUAUUGAUGGCUCUAGGCCUAUAUUGAGGAUAAACGUCAAUGCGAGGCCUCCAAUUGAACCAACAAAUUCAUAUAACGACGACAAUAAUUUCAUUGGAAAUGAAAGAUUGGGUGAUCAUUCAAAGGAGAGCUUGGGUGAUAAUUCAAAUAAGAGCUUGAGUGAUCAUUCAGUGAAUAUGCAUGAUGAUCCACUUAAUAUGGAAAAUCAGCCAGUAGAUGUGAAAGAUCCCGAACCCGAAUAUUGUGAAGAAAUGCAGGAAGAACAGGGAUUCGCCCACAUGAGAAAGGUAAUUGCAGUCGAUGACACUCAUUUACAUGGUAAAUAUGGGGGAGUGUUAUUGAGCGUUGUUGCACAAGAUACGAAGAAUCAUGUUUAUCCAGUUGUCUUUUGUGUUGUGGACAAAGAAAAUGAUGGAUCUUGGAUAUUCUUCUUUGAAAGGUUGAAGGAGAUUAUGGUCGAUGAACCAGAAUUGUGCUUUAUCUCUGAUAGACACAAGAGCAUCCCCAACAAAUUCAAGAACAAAUUCCCCACGGAAGUCGUCAUCCCUGAGCAUGAUAUUGGUUUUGAGAAGAGGAGCAUGAGAUGUUUCCCUGGUAAUGGAUAUGAUGUGAUGACCACAAAUAUCGCUGAGUCACUCAAUGUUAUGUUGAUAGACGAAAGAGAGUAUCCUGUGGCAUAUAUAUUUAAUUCGAUUGCUAAGAGGUUUGGAGAAUUUUUUAGGGAGAGGCAUGCAUAUAUCCUCAAAUCAAUAGAUGUUACAAUCAAUGUAAACCUACUGGAAAAGUCAUGUUCUUGUAGUGAAUAUGACUUGAUCAAGAUAACUUGUGCUCACGCGAUGGCCGCUUUGCGAUCGAAGCAUGGCAAUGAGUAUGGUAUGAGCAUCUAUCUGUACUCUUUGACUUUGUAUAAAGUUGAAGCAUACCUUCUUGCAUACAUGGAUUCUAUUAAUGUUGUCCCUCUCAAGUCGCAAUGGUGUGUGCCAGAAGAAUUGCUUAAUGUGAAUAUUUUUCUACCUCUUGUCGAUAUCAAGCUUGGAAUAAAAAGAAGAAAACGUGUCAAAGGCAUUGGUGAGAAUUUCAAGAGCAAGAGAAGGAACAAAUGUUCAAUUUGUAAGAGAACCAGACACAAGAGAACUACAUGUGUGAACAACAAAUCUUAA